AUGGAUCAAGAAAUAAGAUUUAAAGUUCUUACACUUAACUGCUGGGGCAUUCCAUAUAUAUCAAAGAAUAAAAAUGAAAGAAUAAAGGCUAUUGCUGAGCAAUUGUCUUCGAACGACUAUGAUGUUGUUUGCCUUCAAGAAGUAUGGUCUGCCAAGGAUUAUGAUAUGAUAAAGAAUAAAGUUAAAAAAAAAUUGAUAUACUCUCAUUAUUUUUACAGCGGUGUUCUUGGUUCAGGCAUAUGCGUUUUUUCAAAGUAUCCAAUUCAAGAUGUGAUGUUCUAUCAAUGGUCUUUGAACGGAUAUGUUCAUAAAAUUCAUCAUGGAGAUUGGUUUGGAGGCAAAGGAGUUGGAUUGUGCAGAUUAAGGGUUAUCGAUGCGAAUGUUAAUGUUUACGUUGCUCAUUUACACGCCGAAUAUGAUUGUGAAAACGACGAGUAUUCAGCUCAUCGAAUUCUUCAGGCAUUUGAUACGGCACAGUUUAUAAGAAUGACUGAACAAGGAGCAGAUGUUACGAUUCUUGGUGGUGAUCUUAACACCGGUCCAGAUGAUUUAGCUUACAGAAUUAUAAGUGGCGUUGCUUCCCUGACAGAUUCUUGCUCAACUCAUGGUAAUAAGGGAACUAGUGAAUGUGCCAAUAAUAGUUAUACAUGUCGUAAAGUUGCCAACAAAUCACCUCAAGGAAAACGAAUUGAUCAUAUAUUGUACUUAGGAUCAAAAAACUUUAAGGCGGAUGUUGUAAACUGUCAUCAACCAUUUCCGGACAGAAUUCCAAACAAAAAUUUUAGUUUUUCUGAUCAUGAAGCUGUUGAAACAGAAUUCAAAUUUACAAGAGGAGUAUACGAAGUAAAUAAUAUUGACAUAAGAUCCACAUUGAAAGAAGCUUCCCAUGUAUGUAGUGAAGCAUUACAAAAUGUAAGAAAACAACGUUUUUGGUAUUCAAUGAUGAGUAUUGUGCUAGUAAUACCCAUUAUCUAUUCAAUAAGUCUUGAUAUUACAUUUCAAUCAAUCGGAGCCAUCAUCGGAUUGAACAUUACUAAAUUUGAAUGA